AUGUUUACCCUAAUCUAUAAAAUACACUCAAUUACAAGGCCCAUCAACUUCCUCAACUCUAAGACGAUGUCCGAAAUGGCUGCUUCUGGUCUCUCCGCUAAGCCUUUCGACCCUGACUACCACUCUCAGUCAGGCACCGAACACGACAUGGCUAGUCCCACUCUUCCUCGGAUACCACUGUUCGUACCAUCUCAGUAUUGGAAUUACCAUGUGCAUUCGCCCGUCGGCUAUCACGGUUAUCCCGUUCAACAAUACUCGAGCAGCUUCGAGAUGACCCCCUUGAGCCCACCAGAUCAUUCUAACGAGCACUGGCAACACGAUUACAACACUCUUCCCUCGAAUGUGGCUACUAUCGACUCUGCCACUCAACGAUGCAACUCUGACACCUUCCUCGAAGCCGCUGUGGAGGCAACGAGCCCAAAGCUCUCCGCCACCGCACCCCCCUUCGUACCCGUCAAAUCCUCGACGCUCAACGCAGCAGCACCAACCUUCUUCUUAAGCCGCCUAGCAAUAUUUGAUCCUCCAGCCGACGACGAUCUCGCAAAGCGCCCUCGCAAGUACAACCGCGUCCUCCCCGAUGCGCGCAACGACAAGAUCACCUGCGCGCUCGAGAUGAUGCAAUGUCCACGCGAUGGACAAGUCGGCCGCUUCACCGACGAGACCACGUACGAUUUCAACAAAGGAUGGCACUUUAACGAUCCCGUACUCGCUACGAUGUACCACACGAUGAUCGAGCCGAAGAAACACAGCUUUGCUGCUUUCGCCCUGCGGGUGAACAUCCGACCUGUGAACGACGCGCCGCCGCUGUGGCCGCCCUAUAUGAAUCUCUUCGAUAUCAAGUCUUACUACUUUGAGGUCGUUGAGAAAGACAGUGUGAAAGAGGCGAAGUGGGUUACCAUUCUGCCGAGCGGCUCACCACCGACUGCUGAAACUGUCCACAUCUACGAGACAGACAAAGAAGAAAUGGAUUUCUUUCGGUGA